GCUAUUGUCGCCUUUUGCAACCUCGGAGCCUCUCCAUCUGUGAUGCUCGUCGUCAUCCGGUAUACACGUCCAUCAUGGCUUUUGCCUCCGUGUGCCCCCUUCUUACCAAUCUCCCGUGCUUCCCAGGCGUGGCCAAAUCUUUGGAAAGGGAGGCUGACCACGAGAUCGCAGCGCCCCCUUCCAGUCAGCCUUCGCAGCAAUCAGCAAUCACACAGACUGACGGCCUUACCGCCUUGCAAUUCACGGUCCACGGACGACUACUAGCUCAGUCGGCCAGAUUGAAUGAAUAUCAUCGUCCCCACAUACGCCAUACCGGGAUCAGUAAACCUUGUGGGUAGCUGCAGGCCAAAUUCUUUUUCGAAACCGCUGCCCGUGCGGUGUCAGUCGCUCCGUAUUCACCUUGUUUUCUUUGCGACCUUCCUUCGCGCUCCCACUUUGGGUCAGUACCAUUUUCCUUUGGAUUUGAAACCUGGUCCUCUUCCUGUGCUUUCCUUUUGUCAUUCCUUCUGUGUCUUGAUUGGGGAACUGGACUUGUGACCCCGGAAAGUCUCACCCUGCCCCUCGUUCGCAAAAAGGUCUAUAUCUUUCCACUUCCCUCCCUCCACGCUUCCAUACCCUCCCUCUCUUCUUCAUCCGGGCAACGACCAUUCAAAGCAGAUACAAGGCCUUCUGCUGGAUUCUUGACCCGUAUUGCCAUUCUCAGAGACAGGCUACAUAUUGAUCCAGUGCGACCAUGGGCUCCUUCAAUCCUUUCCCUCAGUCUCCCCCAGUCUCGCCUCCCAAUGGCUUCCAAGGCGUUGAAGGCUUUUCGACGCCUCUGUUCCCGGCCAAACCAAACAUCCUCUUCAUCAUGGCAGACCAGCUGGCGGCUCCGUUGCUGAAGAUGCACAACCCCAAGUCGCAGAUCAAGACCCCAAAUCUCGACAAGCUGGCCGAACGCUCGGUCGUGUUUGACUCAGCGUAUUGCAAUUCGCCGCUUUGUGCUCCAUCUCGCAUGUGUCUGAUCAGCGGCCAACUGCCUUCCAAAAUCGCCUCGUACGACAACGCCUGCUCCAUUCCGUCAGAGACACCGACAUACGCUCAUUACCUGCGAGCGGCUGGCUACGAAACCACUUUAGCCGGCAAGAUGCAUUUCAUUGGGGAUCAACUCCACGGAUACGAGAACCGUUUGACUUCUGACAUCUACCCUGGCGAUUUCGGCUGGGCGGUGAACUGGGACGAGCCCGGCCGGAGACUCGAGUGGUAUCACAACAGCAGCUCUAUCUUGCAAGCUGGCCCGUGUGUGAGGACGAAUCAGCUCGACUACGACGAGGAGGUCCUGUACAAGUCCAAGCAGUACCUCUACGACCAUGCCAGGGCGCCGGCUGGAAAACGACCGUUCGCUCUUACAGUUUCCUUCACGCAUCCUCAUGACCCAUAUGCCAUUGAGGAGAAAUAUUGGGAUUUGUAUGAAGGCGUCGAUAUCGACCUGCCGAGUGUGAGCAUCCGAGAGGAAGACCAAGACCCGCACAGCAGACGUUUGAUGCAAGUCUGCGAGAUCGAGGGCCAUACCUUCACAGACGAGCAGAUCAAACGCGCUCGCCGAGCAUAUUAUGGCGCAGUGAGCUACGUCGACGACUGUAUUGGCCAAUUGCUUGACGUUCUGAAGAAGUGUGGCAUGGAAGACAACACCGUUGUGAUGUUUUCCGGCGACCAUGGCGACAUGCUGGGCGAAAGAAGCCUCUGGUACAAGAUGUCGUAUUUCGAAAAUUCCGUCCGGGUACCCAUGUUGAUCAGUCACCCGAAACAAUUCCACCCUCAUCGCGUUUCUCAAAAUGUCUCGACUCUGGAUCUCAUGCCAACCCUCGUGGACUUGGUUGGAUCCAAGCUAGUUCCCGGGUUGCCUAUGGACGGUCUGUCCCUGUUACCUCAUCUCUACGGCGGCGACGGUGGCCAUGAUACCGUCUUCGCCGAGUAUAUGGGCGAGGGGACCGUAGCCCCCCUAAUGAUGAUCCGACGAGGCGACUGGAAGUAUAUCACAUGUCCAGCUGAUCCUCCUCAGCUGUUCAACUUGCGCAACGACCCGCUUGAGCUGACCAACCUUGCCACUAGCCAAGACCCAGAGACCCUGGCCGUCUUCAAGGCUUUCGAGAGAGAAGCAAACCAAAAGUGGGAUUUCAAGAAAAUCACCGACGAUGUCCUGGUGUGCCAGCGCCAACGUCGACUGGUUUGGUCUGCCUUGACCCAAGGCCGCUUUGAAAGCUGGGACUGGAAUCCGAUUGACGAUGGCCGUGUCAAGUACAUCCGUUCUCAAACCCCCUUGGACGAACUCGAACGGCGAGCUCGAUAUCCCAUGUAUACCAAGGCGCCUGCUCAGAUUUCUGUCAACAACAAGGCCGAAGUAGUCUCUCUGCAGCCGAAGAGGUUGACCGAAAUUGCGAGCGAAGUGGCCCACUACCGCUGAAUCCCACGAGCACUUUACGACGACUUUCUUUUGGAUACUUAUUUGGCGGGCGUUCUGGUCCCAAGACUGCUAUUCCUCAGGGUUCCGUACUCGCAAGCGUGGGGUUAUGGAGUCGGUAUUUUGGUCCUCCCUGCUGUUACUGCAUUCGUCGACAUCUUUCCUGUCUUGCGGUGCUUGCUUCUCUCCAGGAUCUCGAUGACACUAUGACGCUCCACGGGACGGGACCGGAACUAUGUAUGACCUUGAUAUUCGGAUGAUAGGAGGGGAGCAAAGGAACUGGCUUGGGGAUGUUGGUAUUGCUGAUGUGCAACUGGCGCCACUCAACUGAACAUCCCACUCUCGUUUCGACCGACACCUCGGGUUGAGGAUACGAAGACGAGUGAGGGUGAUGCACUGCUUGGGGAGGGAGGGCUAUCUAGCUAAGUACAGAGAAAACCCCGAAAAAAAAGGAAAAAAAUAAUCAAAAGGGCCAAUAUUGACCACAAC